GGUUUUGCUAGAUUUUAGUGCUGGAAAAUGUUCCGAGAAAUAACCACAUUUCAACCAAAACUGAAAUAACUAUUAGUUUAAAUGAUUAGUUACACGUACCAAACUCUUUGAAGGUACUCUUGAAAGACAAAAACUCCCAAAAACCUGGAAGAGCGGCUACAAGAAAUCCGGGGAAAACCUCUUAUAAUGACCAGUCUAUUGCGGGAUAUAAACGAUCUGUUUGACGAUAUUGUCCUGACCGAGGAGAAGGAAGCUCGCCUGGGAUACGAGGAGGGACUGAAAGACGGACAGGAGCAAGGCAACGAGGAGGGCUACAAAUUGGGCUACGCCCAGGGUGUAUCGCUUGGCGAGGAGCUUGGCAGGAUUCUUGGCCAGGUUGUAGCCCAACAGCAACUGAAGCACACGGAUAAGGUUCGACGCAGUCUAGAGCAGUUGCGCUCUCUUAUCGAGCAAUUUCCCCGCACAAACGAUCCCCAGGCGGACAUUGUUGGAGCUGUUCAAGACAUCCGAACCUCCCAUCGUCGUCUUCGCGCCUUGUUAGGAUCGAAGAAGAUCCCAGGUGCCUCCUCAGAGGCAUCACCUGCUCCAGAACAAAAGGAUUACAGUUUCUAG